ACUAUCGCCCCUCUUUCCAUUCCCAUACUUGUUCGCAUUGAUUUCACCGCCCUUUCUCCCUUACAAAUCCCCCAUUCCCUCUCCUACUCAUCUCCACUCCAUUCCAUUCCGCCCAAUUCAAUUCCAUUCCAUUCCUCCGGAAUCUCGAUUGCCGAGUGGAAUCAAUGGCUUCGUUCUCCGUUCCCUGCCCUAAGAUUUGUGCUCCCGCAGCUAAUUUGCAGUCCAAGCCCAACCACUCCUCCGUUGCUUUCCGACCCGAUUCGCUUUCCAAUCGGGCAUUCCUAUCCGGAUCUCCACUCCACAACUCCUCUCCCAUUCUCUCCCUUCAGGCAUCUAACAGGAACAAGCAUGAUGUUCUUAGGGUAUCUGAUCAACUGAAUGCGGUUUCAAUUGAGAAACCAUCAAAGUCUGUAGUAGUUCCAGAAACUGAACCCGAAAAAUCAACCAAGAAAUCUUCUUUUCAGGACGCCAUUCCUGAUGCAUCAGCCAUUACAGCUUUUAUGGAUCAAGUAGCAGAUCUUAUAGAGCUUGUGGAUUCAAGGGACAUUAUGGAGCUGCAGCUAAAGCAAGAGAACUGUGAAGUCCUUAUAAGGAAAAAAGAAGCUUUACCACAGCCUCCUGCGGCUCCUUAUGUUAUGAUGCAGUCUCCCUCUCACCAAAUUGUUGCUCCUCCUCAGUCACCUCCCGCUCAAGCACCUCAGUCAUCUGCUAAGCAAAGUGCAUCUCCACCAGCUGCAUCUGCACCACCUGCUGCAGCUCCGAAGUCAUCCCAUCCUCCAAUGAAGUGCCCCAUGGCUGGAACCUUUUAUCGCUGUCCUUCACCUGGAUCCCCACCAUUUGUACAGGUAGGAGACAAGGUCCAGAAAGGUCAGGUAAUAUGCAUCAUUGAGGCCAUGAAGCUGAUGAAUGAAAUCGAGGCUGAACAAACUGGGACCAUAGUUGAUAUACUAGUAGAAGAUGGGAAACCAGUUAGCGUCGACCUGCCGCUAUUUGUCAUUGAACCCUGAAGAACAAAGGUGCUUAAUCAUGGAACUUGACUGGAAACUGAGCUUAGAUCUGUUGUGCUGCUAUCGAGAAUUAUAUGAAUGUAUUUUCUUUAAAUUUCCUGUUACUUUAGAUCUUACAAAGUUUAAAAAAAAUAAAAAAUUAACAUUAAACGUGAUGGUUGCUGCCCAAAAUUUGCACAUUUUGUUUUGUACCCUAGAAUUGCAGAUGUUGUGUUUGUAAUCUUUUUGCCAUCAACCUAUUUUUCCUUUAAAAAGCAAGUUUGAAUGUGUGUUUUUUUUCA